AAAAAAAAGUAUUUAUUUAAACAAUAAAAACUAAAUUUACUAAAACUUGUUAACAUAACUUAUAAAUAUAAUAAAUGUGCAUAAAAUACAAAAGCAAUUUGUUGCUGCAUUAAGUUAGUAAACGGAAUGAUAGAGAUGGGAAACUAGCAAAGUACUUGCGUUAUCGAUAACUAAAAGAAAAGAAGAAUUUAUGCAAAAAGCUCUAAUAAGCAAUAUUUAGAAAAAUAGAUAAUGCGUUCUAAAAUUUAUGAAUAAUAGAAAAUAAUAAAUCUUCUAACAUAAGUGCAUUGUGACGGCAUAUGCAAUUAAAAAGGAGAGAGAGAGAGAGAGAGAGAGAGAAAAGAAAAAGAAGAAAAAAUGAUAUAAAAAACAGCGAAUAGUGAAAGCCCAUAACUAAUCUACUUAAAAUCGCAACAAUUAAACAAAUUAAUAAGUUGCAGCUUACAUUAAAUCAAAAAUUAUAACAACAACAACAACCACCUGUCAAUGCCAUUUGUAAAGUAUGCCGUUUAUAGGGCAUAAAAUAAAUAAUUGAUCCUUUUGAAAUCAUUAACGCAUAUUAGUGAUAAUUGAAUCUCAAAAUUCAAAGCUUUUUAUCUAUUACUACGCUACUAUACGCCCCUAAUUUUUAAUUAACAUUAACGUAACGAUGACUGCUCGUAAUCCUCAAACAUUAAUGGCUUUACCUGCAGAAGAGAAUUUUGAUUUCUUAUUCAAGAUCGUAUUAAUCGGCGAUGCUGGUACGGGAAAAACCUGCAUAGUAGAACGUUUCAAAACGGGCAACUUCAUUGAACGCCAAGGUAAUACAAUUGGUGUCGAUUUUUCAAUGAAAACGAUUAACGUCGAAGGCAAAUUAGUUAAAUUGCAAAUUUGGGAUACGGCUGGUCAGGAACGUUUUCGCACUAUAACGCAAAGUUAUUAUCGUUCUGCGAACGGUGUCAUCAUAGUUUACGAUGUAACAAGACGUGAUACCUUCGCAAAUUUACAAAAGUGGAUUGAAGAAGUGCGGCAUUAUACGGCCUCAAAUGUUAUGCUAAUACUUGUGGGCAAUAAAUCAGAUUUAGAAGAAGAACGUGAAGUAGAUUUCGAUGAAGCUCAACAAAUGUGCCAGUAUAUACCUGAAGUACUAUUUGUUAUAGAAACCUCAGCCAAGGAGAAUCUCAAUGUUGAUGAUGCUUUUGUAACGCUAGCUACCGAACUGAAGAGACGUGUCGACAACAGCAUACGCUUAGACGAUAACGAAGAAGCUAUUAAAUUAGGGCAAAGUAAACCAUUAAAUAAUUGUACAAAUUCUUGUAAUUUGACAUAGAAUUUAGAAUUAAUUUUUAAGUCUCGGUUUUGUAUAUUGAAUUGUGAUUUUUUGAACAUUUUUUAUUUAAAUUAAUUUAUAGAAUGUUUUUCUUUUUCGUCUUAAUAAUAGUACAAACAAUUACAAUUUACAUUCAACAAAAACAUUAAGAACAACUCAAGCAUACAAGAAUCUAACGAAAAUGGCGAUAAGACUAAUUUUUGUAAAAAAAGAAAAAACGAAAAAAACAAAAAAAAAAAAAAAUAAGAAAGGAAAAGCAAAUAUAGUAGAUAAACCAAGUCAAUUAAUUUUUGUUAAUUCAAUUUUGUCACCGACAUUACAGCAAAAAAUAAGAGAAACUUUUACGCUGUAAAUACGUAAACGUUUAAACAAAUAUUAAUUAACAAACAUAACAUAAUUA